AUGGAUAACGCCAACACACCGUACGCCGUAUUCAGUCUGGCCAUGACGGCGUACCGCGCCAGUAACGAACCCCAGCGGGAAAAGUACGACAGGAUGGAGGUGCCAAACUUGGACUUGCGCGAAUGUUGCAUAUCACUGUUCGAAAUCGUUGAACUAAACUCGGAAAACGGCAAUUUUGACCCGCAUGGCGACAGGAUGUCCGUGUUUGCCAAGGUGGUCCAGGCCGACAACGAACGCUUGGAACGGUUCAAUGACAUCUGUGCAGUGGCCGCGUAUUACGGGCACAUAAACUGCCUGAGGUUCUCCCACGAGAUAGGCUGCCCCUGGGAUGUGACGACCUGCAACAAUGCAGCCCACGAGGGACAUCUGGAGUGCUUGGUUUAUGCGCACGAGAGGGAUUGCCCCUGGGACGCGACGACUUGCAUGAACGCGGCCAAAGAGGGACACCUGGAGUGCAUCGUAUACGCACGCAGUAAUGGGUGUUUAUGGGACGAACAGACGUGCAGCAUGGCGGCGGGCAGCGGCCACCUCGAGGUACUGGAGUACGCGCGAGACAACGGAUGUCCAUGGGACGGGACGACGUGCAGCGAGGCAGCAAAGAAUGGCCAAAUCAGGUGUCUUGCGUACGCCCACAUUAACGAAUGUCCAUGGGACGAAGCGACUUGCAGCUUGGCGGCGGGCAGUGGCUACGUCGAGGUACUCGAAUACAUGUACGACAACGGCUGUCCACGAGACAAAACUGCAUGCUCCAUGGCCGCUCAGUACGGCCGGCUAGAUUGCCUUGUGUUCCUACACAGUACCGAUUGCCCUUGGGACGAUGAUACUCCCCGAUCGGCCGCGGCUGGUGGCCAAUUGCACUGCUUGGAUUACGCGUUUAAAAACGGGUGCCCGUGGACCGAAUCAACUUGCUCCGCGGCAGCGGAGGCGGGUCACGUGGAUUGCCUGAUAUACGCACACCAACAAGGAUGUUCUUGGGAUGAAGCGACGUGCGCGGCCGCAGCGAACAAUGACCAAAUUGACUGUCUGAUAUACGCACAUAAUAAUGGAUGUCCGUGGGACCAGACAACUUGCAGAAUGGCGGCGGGCAGCGGCCAUCUCCGGGUACUCAUGUACGCCCGAGAAAACAACUGUCCGUGGGACGAAUCUGUGUGCGCCGAGGCAGCGAAGGGUGGCCAAAUCGAUUGCCUGGUGUACGCACACAAUAACGGGUGUCCGUGGGAUGAGUCGACGUGUACCAUGGCGGCGGGAAGUGGCCAAAUCUGGAUACUUUUGUACGCGCGACAGAACGGAUGCCCGUGGGAUGAAAUGGCGUGCUCCGAGGCAUCGGCGAAUGGCAGGAUUGACUGCCUCGUGUUCCUGAAUAGAAACGGGUGUCCCUGGGACUACCGUACUACCCAACGUGCCUCGGCUAAUGGACAUCUGGACUGCCUGGAAUAUGCAUGGGACAACGGGUGCGAGUGGGACUCGUCUGUGUGCACAUUUGCUGCGAGACGUGGGCACUUCGAUUGCCUGGUAUACGCGUUUAACAAUGAAUGCCCGUGGGACGAGCUGACGUUCAGCCAUGCGGCGGCUGGUGGCCACAUCAGGGUACUCGAGUUCUUGCGAGAAAACGGAUGUCCUUGGGACGAGACAACGUGCUCCGAGGCAGCGAUAUACGGUAGAAUGGAGUGCCUUAUGUACUUGCACAGUAACGGUUGUCCGUGGGACGACAGCACUCCCUCGUCGGCCGCGACUGGUGGACAUAUGGACUGCCUGAUAUACGCGAGGGAAAACGGGUGCGAGUGGACCGAAACAACGUGCGCCGCCGCGGCACAGGAGGGCCACUUAGACUGCCUGAUAUAUGCGCACAGUAACGGUUGUCCGUGGGACGAGCAGACGUACAGCAUGGCGGCGAGUAACGGCCACCUAAGGAUACUCGAAUACGCUCGAGAAAACGGAUGUCCGUGGGACGAAACGGUGUGCUCCGAGGCGGCGGACAACGGCAUGCUAGAGUGCCUUAUGUUCCUUCACAGAAACGGAUGUCCCUGGGACGUCGAAACGACCCGGUCGGCCGCGUUCAGUGGGCAUCUGGAUUGCCUAGCAUACGCUCACGAGCAAGGGUGCCCGUGGGGACUCGUUUACCGUGCUCCGACGCUGCGAAGAGCGGCCAUAUGGAUUGCUUGCGGUACGCGCACGAGCAAGGAUGUCCCUGGAACGAAGUCACGUGCGCCGACGCCGCGGACAGUGGCAACCUCGAGUGUCUCAAGUAUGCCCAUGAAAAUGGGUGUCCAUGGGAUAAUACAACGUACACCAAUGCGAUGA